CCAUUUUUGUGGCAAUACCUCUUGAAAAUGAUGAGAACAUACCUCCAGCUGUUUCCUGUGCAGAUACCACUGAACAAACUCUACAGCAGGACCCACAAAGUACAUCACCAAUAGGACAGUACCAGCUACCACCUCCUUACCACACUGUGCGGAGCCAGGGAUUCCUUUCUCCUGGAAUGAAACACUCUGCUUACCAGAAAUACAUGCGUUUGAAAGAUCGUCAGCGGAAACUACGUGCUCUACGUCAGGGCAAGUAUGGAGUGGAUGUCAGUCAGGAAUGGUCACAGGGCGAUGGUGCAGAAAGCAUGUCAGACACUCAUUCAACUGUGUCUCUCAUUUCCUGCACAUUAGGGAGCUACAUGCCUGGCAUCCACGCACAGUACGGGUCAGAGGCCGCCCUGCUAAUGGUAGAUCGUGAGAAAGACAGCAUCUUCAGCACCGACCUCUCCUUCCUUAUUCCCGACUAUAAAACACGAAGAGCUGAAGAGGAUCUACCUGUAUCCAACACCCUGCAGUCCACGGUUGACACCAGUAAACCAAGACUGAACAACCAAACAAAGGAGUUUGUUGGCCUCGAGUUCUCAUACCGAGCCAGCAAACCCCUCACUAAACUGACCAUGCCGCUGCAAGGGGAGAGCUUGAAGAACCCAUCCCUUGCUCGCCGUGUGGUCAUCAUUCACUUAACCGGGCAGAAGUUGGAGUCUACUGUGGAUCCCAGCACCACUGGACGUCAGCUGUUUGAUGCUGUCAUUGCUCACCUUGGCAUUGUUGAGUUCUUCUUCUUUGGUCUGUCAUACGUCAAUGAGAGUGAGCACUUCUUCCUGGAGGGUGAUACAAAACUCCACAAGGUGGCGCCAGAAGGUUGGAGGGACUGGAACAAAGGCUGUGUCUCCACAAUCACCCUCACCCUUCACUUCAGAGUCAAAUACUACGUUGAUGCUGUGACAGAUCUUAGACACCUGAGCAGCCACCACCUGCUGUACCUUCAACUGCGCCAUGAUGUGCUGGAGGAGCGCGCCCUCUGCACCGAGGAGCAAGCAGUCUGCCUGGCAGGUCUGGCACUACAGUCCGAGUUUGGAGACCAGGAGACCCUGAGCAGGAACUACUUUGUGCCGGAACAGUAUUUCCCAGGCCAUGUGAUUCGCCGACUUGGAAUGGGCGUUGUGAGAGAGAAAGGGUUGGAGGCACACAGGCUGAAUGCUGGACUGCCACCAACACAAUCUGAGCUUGAGUACAUCAAGAAGGCCAUGAGUCUUCCAGAGUAUGGGGUGCAUUUCCACAAGCUGUUCAAGAGCAAGAAUGACACAUCCAAUCUGAUGUAUGUGGGCAUUGCCAGUCAUCACUUGGUGCUGGCUGAACUCCAUAGCCACAAGCGUGUCAUCAUCCAGCAUCAUGCCUGGAACAGUAUCCUGAAGAUCUCCUUCAACAAGCGCAGGUUCAGUGUCCAGACCAAGCCAGAUAUGGCGAAGAGCAAGCCACCCAAGAUCAACUUGUUCUCCAGCAGCUAUAGGAAGGGCCGCUACUUGCUUCAGUUUUCCACGGCUCAACAUCGCUUUCAGAUGAGAAUGAGGACUCGCCCCAGUAACAUAGAGACUUUGCAAGGUACUGAUCUGAACGAAGAAGCAGGCUUCAUGGAGGAUAAGGAUGUUAUGGCCAUCACAUCUCAGUCAGCCAGUCAACAGGGAAGCUCUGUUGGCAGUGAGGCCAGUGAGGACGUGAGAGUGCUGGGCCCCCCAGCCAAAUACAGAAGCCCUCCGCCCUACAGACCCAGCCUCAGUUUUAGUUUGAAUGACCUUCGAGAUGUUGGACCUCGUUUUGUGCAGCGAGGAUGGGCGUCACAGGUUGCUGCUUCCUGUGUUGAUGUCCGACAAAGUCCUGCUCGGCAUGACUCGCAUGGCAUAGAUAUGAUUCAACACCCAACCCACCCAGGGACAUUUUCAUACCAGGCAGUCAGUGAACCAGAUCUAGAUCAUUCUACAGUUGAGGCCCGUCUUUCACCUCAGACACAUCAUGGACGACAGAUUUUUGAGGUGUCUCUGCUGAAAGACGAAAAUCAUGGGAUAGGCAUCACCAUCGUGGGUGGGGAGAGCACCAGCAAACUAGACUUGGGGAUCUUUGUGAAAUCUGUGACAGCUGGAGGUCCCGCAAACAAGGAUGGCAGCAUCAGGCCAGGCGACCGUCUAGUUGCCAUCAACGGUCAGAGUCUGGAGGGUGUCCAGCAUCACGAGGCCGUGCAGAUGAUUCGAGAGUCGGAUGAUCUGGUUUCCUUACUUGUGUCACAGGUCAGGGCACCCAUGACUCUUCGACGAAAGGUUGUGUCUGUUGAGGCCUUGACACCAGCCUGCUCUACAGUGCACUCUCUGCCCACAAGUGGUGAUGUUGGUAGGACAGAUCCAUUUGUAGACCAAGCAGUUUGUCAUUCCAUGGAUAGAGAUCUUAGAAAUAUUCCACCUGUAAAACCUCCACGACGGAUGAACAGUGAUAACCAGUUGACAAGUGACACGCAUGCUACUGCUGGGACAGCCUGGGACACUGUUACGUUGCAAGACGAGCCUGUGUCAGGUAUGAGUGAGACCACUGCUGCUGAAUUAGCAGAGAGCAUUCUGGGUACUGAUAGGGAGGAGUGCAUUCUGGGUACUGAUGGGGAGGAGUGUGGUGUUUUGAUGAUGGACAGUAAUCAGUGGGCAGUCAGCAAGGAAGAAGAGCUGGAAGUACUUGGAGACAUUGCAGAUCUUGCAAUAAUUGAUGAUUCUUCCUCGGAUUCGGACUUUGACACUGCCCUGGAGAAUGCUGUGAAAGGCCGCCUCACACGGAAACCCUCUCAGAAUGCCUCUAAUGUCCCGAUCAGGCUGCAGAAACACAACGGCCAGUCAGGGAUUACCAUCACAGGAGGCAGUGACUCCAGGUUCAAAGAUGGUGCAGUCUACGUCAUCUCAGUUAGUUCUUCAGACAAACAAACAAACUCUGUUGUUGUAGGAGACCAACUGUUAGAGAUCAAUGAUGUCAGUGUCCAUGGACAGACAUAUGGACAGGUAUUGGAACUUCUACAUCGAGCCCCCUCUGUGUGUCCACUGCUGGUCCGGCGAAUAGCUCCAUCUCUUGCAGGGAGUCUCCCAGAGGUGACACCAGCCAUGGCCCACCUUCCAGCUGACAUCUCCACAGAUCCAUAUUCAUUUGUUACCCGGGGGGAGAUAUAUGAGGUGGAAUUGGUGAAAGGUGCCAGUGGGUUAGGCUUCAGCUUCCAGGGUGGUGAGGACCUUCACCCGGACAACCCCUCCCUCUGUGUGCCCCGAAUCAAGAAGCUCUUCGUCAUAGGCCCUGCAGCGGAGAGUGGACUGACCAAGCCUGGAGAUGUCAUACUAGAAGUCAAUGGUAGACCAAUGAGGCAUUUAACAAGAACGGGUAUUAUGCAAGCAAUGAGGUCAAGUAGGUCAGUCAGACUGAAGAUGUGUCGGCCAAGACCUGGAGAUUUACCAACAAUACAUUGCUCAGACAGUGAAGACUCACUCAUCUCCCAGCUGAGGAUGCCAGUUUACUAUGACAAGGAUGGUCACUCCCUCUUUGACUCAGACUUUGAGUCAGACUCUGAGGAUGAAGGGAACACACCAAGGCCUCGAUUUACAAGACGCUCGCAGGCCUCUGACAGUGAUUCAGAGUCUACUGUCAGUCUUACUGUUGCACAAACAAAUCAAAAUUUGGAGCAAACUGAUCAAAUUAUGGAACAAACAGAUAAAAAACUGGUACAGGUAGAUAAGAAGGUUGGUGUGACUUGCCAUCCUGUAUUUGGUUCAGAGCAUCUGAGUGGUGUGGUGGGGCACAGGGAGGAUGUUAUUAAUCAGAAGUCACUGACUCGACAGGAACAUGUAGCAUCUGACACAGAGAUAAGUGAAGGAGACAAUGCUGUGAAACAAGUCUCUGGAAACAAAAAUGUCAGUGAAGUUGAAGAUGUGGAUGAUAGCCUGGCAUCAGUAGAGGAGCUGAUAGCUCCCACACAAGAGCAGAUAACUCCCACACCAGAGCAGAUAACUCCCACACAAGAGCAGAUAACUCCCACACCAGAGCAGAUAACUCCCACACAGGUGUUCGAGGUGACUUUGUGUAAACGCCAGCGGGGAGGGCUUGGUUUCACAGUGGCAGGUGGUGCCACCACAACUGGCGGCUGUUACAUCAAGGGUAUUGUACAAGACCCAGCACUUUCUGAUGGAAGACUGAGAGUUGGAGAUAAACUCAUCAGGGUGAACAGUCAGGACAUGUCUGACAUGAGUCAUUUCGAGGCUGUGAUGCAUCUGAGGAAGGCUCCCCAAGUCGUUACUAUAGCUGUCCAAAGAGAUGACAGUGACGAUGACUUCCUACCAAUACAUGUCAGCAGCAGUCAAGGUGAAGGUCAAACAGAUACAAGUGAUGAGCAAAGCGCUGCUGAGUUACAGUCCUGCAUCAAUACUGCAUUGAGCUCAGAAGAAAGCCUUGAUGAGAGACACCCAGAGAGUGCUGCCACAGAGAUAGUGAAACCUAGCCAGAGGGAGCCUGAUGACCCCUCACACCGACAAGGAGGAGGCCCCGAGACAGGUGUGCAGAAGGUGGAGCUGCAGAAGCCGGCAACUGGUGGUCUGGGGUUCAGUCUAGUGACUGCACAGAAGAACCAGGAGAUGUGUGUGUUUGUCAGGACCAUCUCGGAUGGGGGUGCAGCAGCAACAGAUGGCAGGCUGCAAGUGGGAGACCGGCUGCUGCAGGUGAAUGGGGAAUCCCUGGUUGGAAUGAACCAUGUCAAGGCUGUGAAGAUUCUCAGAAAGGCAAAACCAGGGCCAGUUGAAGUUACAAUAUCUAGACCAGGUCAGAUGCCAAGCUUCACUGAUGCCCAGUCAGAUGUGAGUGAUGUGGCUCAGACGGAUGCGAACAGUUGGGGCAAGGACUUUACUGAUGACUCUGUCAACUCAGCUGCCUUUAAGGAGGACUCCACCCAUUUCAUGGCCCACGAAGAACCAACACCAUGUUCAGAUGGGGGGGACAAUCCUGGAUCUGACAAUACUCAGAAGACAAAUGAUAUCACUGUACUAUUUGAUGAUAGUGAUUAUGAACUAAUUACAGGGGAUUCACAUUUUAUUGAAAUUCGCAAACUCCCCCUGACUGUUCCCGAUAUGAUCAAAGAGGACUGGCUGAGUUCUCUGCCAUUGAUGUCAAUGGCCGAGGAUGAUGAGGAUGUGAUUCUAACUCUGCUGCAGUAUCUAACAGACAAAGUGGAGCAGGAAGAUCCCCUAGAGGAGUUCAUGAAUCUGCGCCAUUUGCAGCCCACAGACGAAAGUGAAGAGGCCAGGUUAUCGUUCAACAGACACAAGAACAGAUACAGGAAUGUCCUUCCCUUUGAUUUUAACCGAGUGCACUUGUCAGGACAUGAGGAUUUCAUCAAUGCCAGCCAUGUAGAUGUGAACAUCGGUGAUGCAUCUCUGCAGUACAUUGCAUGCCAGGGCCCACUGCCACACACCACUGCAGACUUCUGGAACAUGGUAUGGCAACAAAGGGCAGAUGUCAUCGGCAUGCUUACUCUGGAUGUGGAGGCUGAGCGAGUAAAGUGUCACCGCUAUUGGCCAGAAUCCACAGACACACCUAUCAGUGUCUCUGACAGCUUGACUGUGAGUCUCAAGUCCCAUCAGGUGCUGGAUAAUGUUCACAUCCGCCAUAUUGUCCUACAUGAACACAAAUCCAAAAUGAUGAUGAACAUUGCUCACCUGAACUUUGUGGCGUGGCCUGACCACGGGGUUCCAGACACUGCGCUGCCCGUCCUGCAGUAUCUCCGGCUGAUGCACCUCUAUCAUCACAGCGCCCCUCCUCCUCCACUGCAGUGCUGGCAUUGGCCUAACUGGUACCCUCAUCACGAUCGAUGCCAUCCCUAGCAUACAUUGAGUCCAGUUUGAAGUUUGAUGUGUUUGAAAUAGUUAGUGACUUACGCCGACAGCGCUGUGGAAUGAUCCAGACAAAGGUGAGUACACCACCAUGAAACGUCAAACC